AUGGCCGCCACUCUGCCCAACGUUUCCGCCGACCUGAUCUGGGAGGUCGUCCGCGCCCAGAAUGCGUUCCUGGUCAACCGCAACGACGCCGGCGGUCUCCAGCUCUCCCGCGACCCCCUUAACCUGGUCAACAAGCACUCCCGCAAGUACGCCGGUUUCGUCAACGACAAGGUACGAUUACACCCCAGGCCGAUCGAACUCGAUAUUCCUCCCUCGCUCGAACGAUUCGAUCCUUCGCAACAUCACGCCAUCGGCGUUGUCCCCAACGAGAAGGGUGGUGUCAAGGUGAUCAGCAAGAACCAGAAGAACUUCAACAAGCCCUCCAAGGGCUACACCGAGGUCACCUACGGCGGCAACAAGUCUUCCCGCAAGACCUACUCCGCCGUUGCCCGCCAGGCUGCCGCCGGCGGCUACCGUGGCGACCUCCGCGAGGCCGCUGUCCAGCGCGUCUCUGCCAUCCGCCGCUCCCAGCGCGCCGUCAAGGCCACCCCCGAGAAGAAGCCCCGCGGUGUCAAGGCCAAGGCCGCCGCCGCUGCCGAGGCUGAGGCAUAA